AUGAAAGAUAACAGGAAGAAUUGGCAGGAGAUGAUCGAUUAUGUUGAAAAAUGCACGUGGGCAAGAGAUAAAAAAUUCAGAGUGGACGAGAACUUGAUCUUCUGCGAGUCGUAUCUUCACAAGUCUGGUUCACAAAGAUCGUUCUACAACAACCCACUUCAGUUCUGUAUCUCAAAAGACUUUUUCAAGAAAUCAGAUUGUAAGGUUGGAAAUAUUAUUGGAUUCGUAACAUUUGAGGAAUACAUUGUUGUCGCAGAG